UUUACAUUUUAUUUCUGGCGUGUCGACUGUAUUUUGUCUUUUGAUUAAGAUGAGUUUAACUAAAGUUUUCCAAUUGCCAAGCGUAAUGCUUUCAAAAAAUAUUUGUACUAUUUCUAGAAAUAAUUUUUUCACAAAUCAUUCUGCUUUUUUUAUUAAUAAUUUAGUUACAAAAGAAAUGACACACAAUAGAUAUGUUUCCAACUCUCCUCAACCAGCAGUUAAAAGUAGCGAUCUUUCUCAAGCUUUAGUUUCUUUUAAAUAUUUAAGGCUUAUUAAAAAAGCAAUUAGAGAAUUUGGUCCUAUUGUUGAAGAAAAUAAAAAGCUUCAAAUUUUACUUCAAAAAGCACAAAAGCAUAAUAUACCUUCAGAUUUCAUUCACUUUACUACAAGAAUCAGUGUGGACACUAGAGCUACUGUGGGACUUUUGGAAUUGUUGCUUUUUAGUAAUUGUCAUUUUAUUGUACAAUAUGAAGAUAUUGACAAUGCACAAACAAAGCAUCACUUAAUAACAAUGUGUGAGCAAAGUGAUGCCCAAUUAAUUCAUGAUAACAUAAAAUGGCCGAAGAAUUUUGAUCAGAAAGGAAUUAUCUCAGUGAGAAAAGACACUUCUUUUCCACCUUUCAAUAAUCUAAAAGAAGCAAAAAUGACUGUAUCAGCACAAUUAGUUACUGAAGAAUUUGAUCCAGAAGGAAUCCUUUUUUGGAAGUUUUAUUGUGAUCCUUCUGAUCUUCAUAGAGUGAAAAGAUAUCUGAUUGAAAGAAACUGUGAAAUUGAAGAAGCAUUUGUCGGCUAUAUUCCAAAAAGAGAAAUUUUGGUUCCUAAUCAUGUAAAAAAUGCUGCUCGAAAAUUAAUUGUGGAGUUGAAUAAAAUACCAACUGUAGACAAUGUAUAUACAAAUAUUAUGUAAUACUUAAACAAGUAAUUGAUUGUAAAUACUGACAUUUGUUACAUCCAUAUAUCUUAAUAAAAAUGCAUUCAUAACUCUA